AUGCAAGCACCCUUGAAUUUUGGUAAUGCUCCAAAGUACAAUCAACUGUACAUUUACGAUCCCGAGUAUGCUGCUGCAUGUCGAUCUGCCAACCCCAGAAAUCAGCAUUUAGAUGAUUCAAUCAUUGAAGCAUUAAGUGAAAUGAUUGAUGACCCGGUUCGUUGUGGUAACCCAUUUGUACGUAUCUACAAGCAUGCCCACGAGAUUCUGAGUGCAGAGGAAGAACGACAAGCCCAAGAUCAUGUCAGCGAGGAUGCGUAUAUUCGACCCAAUCCUCAAAUGAGACUGGAAUUGGCUGUCGCUGAAGAAAGGCGUACUCAGAACUUGCCAACUGUCAACGAAAUUUCAUGUCAAAAACUUGAUUUCAAUAGAGGAUUUAUUUAA